CGUCAAAGAAAUAUUUCUAUGGCUAUGACAUGUAUAAAAGUUGACAUGUGCAUUGCCAGUUUUGCCCAGUGUUUUUUUUUUUAAUGGACAGUCUGUGGGUGACAGUUUUAGUCACACCCCUGUGUUACAAAUUUUCAUGUGUGACUGAUUUCAACAUGGAGCCUUGUUCAGAUUCAAGUGGGGAUGACGAUCUACAAAAAUUCCAACAAAAAUUUAAGAAACAAACUAAGGGUAUUAAGUUAAAUCCAACAGAAGAAAGUGCCGACGACAGUGAUAAUAUUUCCUCUGGGAAUAUUAAACAUAAAAAUAGUUCAUUGCAUAAACAUUCUAAAUCUUCAGACAAAUCUAAACAUAAACGAUUUGACAAAGGAGGAGAUGCUGUGAGUGAUGAUGAUGAUGAUGAUGAUGAUGAUGAUGGCGAGGAUGAUGAUGAUCAAGCGAACCCUGUUAAGUCGGUAUUAGAUGAAUCGGAGUCUGAAGCAGGUGAAAGUGAUGAUGAAGGAGUCGACCCAUAUGCAACAAUAAGAAAAGAAUUAAUAGAUAUGUCAUUUGAAGAUAAACAGAAACUCAGGAACAAACUAGGAGCCAAAAUAUAUAAUCAGAUAGUUCACAGUGAGAGAAAAAACCAGAGUAAACCUGGCCACAGUAAAAAUAGAGACAGAGAAUAUAAAGACAGACCAGUUGAAAUAUCUGCCAAAAAGAGAGUACCUGUAUUCAGAAAAGUUGUUCAGGUUAAAAGAAAGUUGAAUCGUGAUCCAAGGUUUGAUGAUUUAUCUGGAGAAUUUGAUGAGAAGAAAUUUAAACAUACCUACGCAUUUCUUGAUGAAAUGAAGAAAAAAGAAAAAAAGAAAAUUGUGACGGCGAUGAAAAAAGAAAAAGAUAAAACUCGGAAAUCUGAAUUAAAAUCACUAGCUAAUAGAUAUAAACAAUAUGAAGAAGCAGACGAAAGGAAGAGCAAGAAAAAUAGUUUACUGAAUAAAUGGAAAGAGAGAGAAAGAGAAUUAGUUAAAGAUGGAAAGACACCAUAUUUCUUGAAACAAUCUGAUGUUAAAAAACUAGAAUUAGCCGAAAAAUAUAAAGAAUUAAAAGAAAAAGGUGGACUUGAUAAAUAUUUGGCUAAAAGAAGGAAAAAGAAUGCAAAUAGAGAGAGGAAGAAGCUUCACAUAUAAAUUUAUCAACUUUUUUGUAAAUAAAUUAUUCGUGAAACA